AUGCCGCCGUCACAGGCGCAGCUUCGAAUGAAAUGCCGCGUAUGUGGAGAUUCUCGAGCCGGUCGUCACUACGGUACUAUUGCGUGUAAUGGUUGCAAAGGAUUCUUCCGAAGA